AAACAGCUGGGACGCAGUGUGGCGUGUGGCUCUCUAGCGCUCAGCGCCGCUGCGGUCAGUGCAGGAACUACGCGAGCGCCGCUCUGGGAAGAGCACAGCUGUCACAGCGUGCAGGAGGACACUUAACAAGCGCAGAGCUGCCAACGGAUCUCAUCUGUUCGCCAGCAUGGCUCGUGGACACCAGAAAAUCCAGUCUCAGCAGAAAAACGCCAAGAAGCAGGCAGAGAUCAAGAAAUCCAAAGGCCACGACCAGAAGACCGCGGCGAAAGUGGCGCUGGUGUUCACAUGUGGCGUCUGCAGGUCACAAAUGCCAGAUCCCAAGACCUUCAAGCAGCAUUUUGAGAGCAAGCACCCCAAGAGCCCUCUUCCCCCAGAGCUGGAGGGCGUGGAGGCAUGAACGGCCCAGACAACAGAGGUUGAUUGUGUAAAACGUCACAAUAAGAGUCCUGAUCACAAAUUUUAUUCAGUAGGACACGAUCAGCGCUCUUACCCGAGUUUUAUACAUGCAUCUUCCCCUUCACUGCAGACAUGAAUCCUGUGGAUCAAAGACUGAUGACGUUUAGCUUCCCUCUCUCAACACUGUUUCAGAGCACUUGCCUUGGCUACGAUCAGAUCAACCUGCACUCACAUGCUUUCUUUUCUCAUCUUACUUGUGUAAUUUAAUAGACUGAGAGAAAUUAGAACACUACCAGUGAUUGUCAAUUUCGUCAAUUGAUCAUCAGUAACAUAAAUGUGGUAGUUACGGACAUUUUUUAAUUUUUUUAGCAGUUUCCCACUACUUUUAGCCUGGGCAAAAACGUUAAUUUUUAUUUUUUUAUUUUUUUUCCUCCUCAUUUACUAAUUUUGCUUUCCACCGAUCAAUCUCUUUUUGUCCAAAACAAGCUGGUUCUGUACACUGAAACUGGAAUCUGAUGUGUUUCUGUAAAAUCACUGGAUGUGCCCGAGGUUACUGUAUUCUUAAUUUAAUGUUGCUGCAGAAGUUAUUUCUCUUCGGAAUUAUUUCAAACAAUAUUGCCUCAAUGUUUGAUAUUCCUGCUCAAGCCACCUGGUUUCCACACCAAUGUAAUAUAUCUCUUUAAUAAAAUUUAACUUUUAAGUCAUUGUGAGGCAUGUCUUCAACACAGUAGGUAAGAAACCUAUGUCCAAAAACUUGAUCUGAAUAUAUAGUUUCAAUGUGUGAAUGGAAAAAUAAUUGACAGUGGCAACCAGGAACAGUGUUUCUAGGGCAGUUAUUAUGCAUCAUUACCGUGGCAACAACACAGCAGGUCAUUAAUCACAGCAGAAGCAAACAGAAUCGGACUCUGCCUGUUUGACCUAGUAUAUGUCUGGAGUUCUGGCCCAGUGAACUGAUGUUUUAAACUGGUUUUACAUUAGCUCAAUACAUGCAGAUUUGCACAAUGAUUGUCCUUUGCUAUCUUGUUAUUGUUAACUAAAACUAUUAAAAAUUAUUUUUGUU